AAGCCGUUCCUUAGUUGUGAUUACAUUGUAUCGCACUUACGGAUUCUUGUUGAUCGAGCAAUGCGAUCUGGACGGACUCAGGGAUCCUAAAGUCAGUAUAAGCUCCGUCUGCAUGAAACCAGGCCAGAUCCUCAGGGCCGAUUAGCGAUAUCUAAAAAAAAAACAAAUAUUACUCCGAAGGGCUGAAAGCAGACACACGCCAAACAUGACCGAAAUCAGUAUCGAUAAUUCUAAGCUCCCUGGAGUCAAAGAAGUGGUUCGGGAUUUUGCAGUGUUAGAAGAUCACACUCUUGCCCACACACUUCAGGAGCAGGAGAUUGAACAUCAUCUAGCAACCAACAUCCAGAGGAACCGUUUGGUAAAGAAAGACUUGCAAGUAGCUAAGCAGCUUCAACAAGAAGAGGACCUCCAAGCACAAGCUAGAAUCAAAAAUAGGCACAAUGAACUUGAACUCUUAGAUGUUGAAAUAGCUCAGGAGAUCCAGGAGAAACUGGUGAUUGAAGCAGAACUCAGGCGCCGGCAGGAGGAGAAGGAUGAAGAUAUUGCCCGACUACUGCAAGAGAAAGAAGAAAAGAGGAGAAAAAAUUACCCAUCAUCGCCUACACAACAAGAACCUUAUCUAGACCACGGAGGCCACCGUAAGGGUAGGCAUAAGGAAUCUGAAUAUGAUAGACACCAUAGGCACGAGAGACCUGACAAACCGAGAAAGGAGAGAAACGAACCAAGGUCUGAGUAUUUUGAAUCUGACACAAAAAUUGGAAUCCGCGGCCACUCUGCAGAAUCGCGGCCUUUUUGCAAAUACGAUGAUGACACUGGCCAUCACAGGCAUGAAAACCAUCCACAUAGGUCAUCUAAUAAAAAAGACAGACCAGGAAGGCCGCCGCCACCCAGAUCAAAUAGGCAUGAGGACCUGGGUAAUGACAGGACAAAUGGAGAACAUUUCAAUGAGCACUUAUCAAGAAGGGGCAGGUCUCAAAGCCAUGAAUUUCCAGGCACACACAGUUCUGGGAAAGGGAGGCAUCAUGAACAUUUUGAUGCCAGCGACCCCAAAUGUGGUGACUGUGAAAGUGAAAGACACAGGAGGAGAACACCUUCUCCAAAACGUGAGAGACAACAUAGAGAUACAGGUUGUCGGCCAAAAGGAACACGUGACACUCAUCGCACAAAAAGUAGGGAAGAAUAUGAUGCUGAAAUUGCCAGGAAACUCCAAGAAAGGGAACUUAAGGUGAACGUGGAGGAUGUACGAGCAGCGCAGUUGGCUCAGGAUGAGGAAAUUGCUCGUUGGUUAAUGGAAAAAGAGGAAAGAGCUUACAAGAAAUCCAAAUCACGAGAAAAGACGGACAAAAGGAGGCCCGAGGAAUGGGAGCAACAUGCACACGAGCAUGUCCGUCCAAGGUCAAGGGAAGGUCAAGAACAGCACCGGUCUAAAAGUGAUAAACCAUACAGACCUCUUCCUCCAGCUCCAGAUGAAGAUCAUGAAGAUUAUACAAACCGAAGCCAACACAACUCGCCUCGACCCAAUUCUAAAUCACAAUCUUCCCACAAAGGUUCCUAUUACAGACCAUGAAGCUCUGCACCACACUGGCAGUGAUGCUUACAAGAUUGUAGCAAAUUCCCAAAAUACUCUGUGCUCCAUUUGUCCUGAGUUUAAAUAUCACGGACUGACCUUUUACUCUUGUCCUGUCAGUUCUUGUAUGCAGAAGUAUCCUGCACAUAUGACAAACACUGCACAGCAUGUUGUGGCUUUUGUGCAGCUGGCCAUGUUAAUGUUGCACAAGAAUAAUUAUGCUGAGAGCUACUUUAAAAACCUAAAACUACCAGAAAGUCCUUGAAACAGAAUAGAAACUCAGCUGUGAAAAUAAUGUUCUGGUUUGAAGUGUUUGGCUUUAGGGUCAUCGCUGAUGCACGUGAUUAAGAAGGUUUUGUAAAAUAAUACUCUACUGCACUGUGAAAUGUGUGCGCCAUAAACUGAAUA